AUGAAGGUGGACAGCUGCCCCUGGAGGAAGCUAGCUGACAUCCUGUCCAUUGAAAAGAAAACUGAAAGUGCUUUUCUUCACAAGAAACUAUUCCCUGACUAUCUGAGAUCUGCCGAGAUGACUGAGGUGAUGAUGAACACCCCCUCCAUGGAGGAGAUUGGCCUCAGCCCCCGAAAGGAUGGCCUUUCCUAUCAGAUCUUCCCCGACCCCUCCGACUUCGACCGCUGCUGCAAACUGAAGGACCGCCUGCCCUCCAUCGUGGUGGAGCCCACAGAGGGGGAGGUGGAGAGCGGGGAGCUGCGGUGGCCCCCCGAGGAGUUCUUGGUCCAGGAGGACGAGCAGGACAACUGUGACGAGACAGCGAAAGAGAACAAGGAGCAGUAGAGUCCCCACCGACUCCCCGGGUGGCCCCAGACGGCACCUGUACCUGAACUGUGUUCUUUCCCGUUGUGAUGGAGGAAGAGAGCGAGCCACGCUCGCCCUGAAAGGCCAGGGACGGCUUCCGAUUGCACCUGCGAACCACUGAGUCGGUCCCCUUUUCUUUCCUUUUCUGUUCUGAACUGUGUCGCGCCGCGGAGCCCGGCGGGGCUGCAGGCCCCGGGAGGAAGGAAGCUGCCGGAGCCGCUGGGCGCGAAGCUCUGGCCUCAGAUCGCUAUCUGGACUCAGCAGCUCAGCUCAGGCGGUGCUGGGAUCCCAGGGGCUCUGCGGGGUGGGGGUGGGGGUGUGCACAGCGAGCAGGGAACGUUUGGGCUGAGCAAACACACGUUUUAAAGAAAACAUUGAGCAGAGACGUGCAGCCAGGAUGUGCUCCUCGGAGUGUUCACCGGCUGCUGCGGCCUCCGACGGCAGAGGCUUCAUCUCUCCCAGCUUCGCCCACCGCCCCCUCCGGCCUUUGCUUCACUUCAGCUGUGUCGUCUGUUCCAGGGGAGGCGGGCCAAGGGGAGCCGUGUGGCCUGGCUGCCUGCAAAGCCAGCUGGAGGUGAUGCUCGGGGAAGGAAAAGGCCUCCCCUUCCCCCUCCCUGGCCCCUCUGACCCUCUGCUCCUGGCUGUGGCAGGUUCACACUCCUACAGUAAUCUGGGGUUGUUACUUUUUUAAGAGGCAGCGCUUUUGAGCUUCUCCCCCAAUUUACCCCUUUUUGCCCCUCGCCCAACCCUUCGGGAGUAGUGAGAGUACUUCAUGCCCUUGUUGGAGGACCCGCGUGGACACUUGGCCAUGAGGGUCCUCCCAGCUGCUCCCCCCACGUUUGCUCUCAGUCUGAGCAGAGGCACAGGGUGAGUGGGCUCUCCCAGGCUGGCCCUUUCUCCUUACAACGGCCCUCCCCAGCCCCUGGCCGCAGCCAUCAGGCCAAGGUGGCUCCCAGCCUGCAGCAGGUUCCAGCCAGCCUGCUCAGCUGUAGCACCCACUCCCAGGUGGACUCUUGGCCUGUUUUUCUGGUGGGAGCUGAGUGGAGAGCAGAGGAGGUUUUUGUGUUUCCUGUUGGGGAGGUGAGCUUUAGUGCAGGUCCCGAGAGCUGGGAAUUAUUGGGUGCUGGUGAGGAGGCUCUUGUGCAGCUGGCUGGGGAUUGGGUUUGACACUAAGGGGUGUCAUGACAUCCCUGGCUCCCCCCGUGUGUUCCUGGGUGCAGGUGGGAGGACGGUGCGGUGCGGGAACACUGAACGGUGGUCCUCAUCGCUCCCUACCCACCUGUCCCCUGCAAGGGCACUGUUACAUGAAAAAGUUAGCCCUGGACUUAGAGCUUCUUCAUAUCAUAGUUCAGGACCACCAGGAGCAGCAGGAUACAGGACACACUCUCAAACCAUCUCUGUCUCAGAGCAGCCUGUGCCACCACGAGGUGGGCUUGAGAGCCUCCCCGGGCUGAACUCUGCCAAUCGAGGUGCCCAUGUGAGCCCGCAGGUGUCCAGUCAGUCCAGGUUGACCCGGUUUGGGACUUGCAUAAAGGUUGUAUUUAAUACCUCAAGGUUAGUGCGGCUCUGGGGAAUGUCAGGCAGGAGGACCAGGGUUGACACAUCAGCAGGGUUUGGUUCUGGGCAGCAGACACUCUCCCACCCCACUGGCCCUGCUCCCGUCCUCUGUGUUGUCUGCUUGUGUUACACACACCGAUGGCAAUAACUUCUUCCAGCUCCUCGAGGAAGCGGGAGAGCCUGCAGCCUGCACUGCGGGUGUUUCUCUCUCUUGCUCUCCCUUUCCUUCGGUUUUGGCUGCAGAGAGCCUUUCCUCCAACUCAUCCCCUCACAGCAGCAUUUCUCAUCCUGUGCCUCCCUUGUGGAUGGGGUCUUGCCUUUUAAAACCCUGUGUUUCUGUGUCCCCCUCUCAUGUGCUCCCCUGUAUCAUCUGUCUGUGUGAUGGGAACGUGCUUGUAAACUGCAUAACAGAUCUACUUUGUGUAUAUGUGUGUUUAUGGGGUGGUUUAUUAUUUUGGCUGGUUGCUAGACCCCUUUGUUCAACCUUGUGGAGUCUGAGCAGGCCAGAGGCUGACAGCUAAAGUCAGGACCCUCAGCGGUGAGCCUGUUGGGGGGAUCCAGUCGCUCUUGGACAAGUGGCUGAGCUCCUGUCUGGCCUCUUUUUUUUUAAGUAUCUUGUGUGUAUUUCUAACUGAUCGUAUUGGAAAAAAACCUAGUAUUUCAGUAAAAAUGCCUGUUGUAAGAUGAACCUCCUGUAACUUCUAUCUGUUCUUUUUUGAGGCUCAGGGAGAAACUAGCUUUUUUUUUUUUUUUUUCCAAACUACUUUUUGUCACUGUGACAGUUGUAAAUAAAGUUUGAAAAUGCUUUCCA